GUGGAUGUUGAAUAUGCAAGGGGGUGAAGAGAGAGAGAUUGAAAGAGAGAUUUGUCCAGGUUGGGUGAACAAGCCUGCUCCAGAGCAGGAUGGCUCUGAAAUUGAUUUGCCAGGGAUAGCAUCAAAGAGAUCCCAAGAGGAUGAAUACCAGGAUUCUACAUUUGAAGAAAAAUAUGUAUGUGAGAGCAUGAAGGAAAACCCUCCCAGAGAGGUUCCUGGACCAUGCCUUUUCCAAGAAGGUUUUGGGGGAAUAACUUUCAUCCACAAGGAAGCACCUCCAGAAAUGAUUAGACAAGAAUAUAAUUUUGAGAGAAGCCUGCUUUUGACCUCAAGUCUUGUUACACAUCUCAGGGUUUCUACAGAAGAGAGCCUACAUCAGUGGGAGACAAGUAGCAUACACACCAAUGAGAUUUCAGACCAAAGUAAAUGUCGGACCCACUCUACACAGAAAAAAUCUUGGAAAUGUAGUGAAUGUGGAGAAACCUUUAAUCAGAGCUCAUCCUUUACCCAGCAUCAGAGAACUCAUAUGAGACCCUACACAUGUGAGGAAUGUGGGAAAACUUUUAGUCGUAGUUCAUUCCUUGUUCGACAUCAAAGAAUUCAUACCGGAGUGAAACCAUAUGGAUGUGAGCAGUGUGGGAAAACAUUUCGAUGUCAAUCAUUUCUUACUCAGCAUCAGAGAAUCCACACUGGAGAGAAACCGUAUAAAUGUAAUGACUGUGGGAAUUCCUUCCGCAAUCAUUCACAUCUCACUGAACACCAGAGAAUUCACACUGGUAAGAAACCUUAUUUAUGCAACGAAUGUGGCUCUUCUUUUCGCAAACACUCAAAUCUUACACAACAUCAGAGAAUUCACACCGGGGAAAAACCCUAUAAAUGUGAUGAAUGGAGGACUUUCCAUACAAAGUCAAACCUCUCUCAGCAUCAGAGAAUUCAUACUGGAGAGAAACCCUAUAAAUGUAAGGAAUGUAGGAAAGCGUUUUGUCAGAGCCCAUCCCUUACUAAACACCAGAGAAUUCAUACUGGAGAAAAACCCUAUAAGUGUAAGGAAUGUGGCAAAACUUUUGCUCAGAGCACCCCACUCACUAAACAUCAGAGAAUUCAUACAGGGGAAAGACCCUACAAAUGCAGUGAAUGUGGUAAAGCUUUCAUUCAAAGCAUUUGUCUUAUUCGGCAUCAGAGAAGUCACACCGGAGAAAAACCCUAUAAAUGCAAUGAAUGUGGGAAGGGCUUUAACCAGAAUACCUGCCUCACUCAGCAUAUGAGAAUUCAUACUGGAGAGAAGCCCUAUAAAUGUCAAGAAUGUGGGAAAGCCUUUGCUCACAACACGUCUCUUAUUGAACAUCAUAGAACUCACACUGGUGAGAAGCUCUAUAAGUGUAGUGAGUGUGAGAAAACCUUCUGCAAGUAUGCACACCUUAGUGAACAUUACAGGAUUCACACUGGUGUGAAGGCUUAUGAGUGCAUUGAAUGUGGAAAAUUCUUCAGACAUAGUUCAGUCCUUUUCAGACAUCAGAAACUUCACAGUGGUGAAUAA